UGGGUCUGCAAGCUCCUCCCCUCCUCCAGAUCCUCCUCAAAGCUCUCAUUCUCUUCUGACUUCCAGAGCAAGUGCAGAGCCGCGCACAGUCCGAGCAAACAAACACGCCGAAAACACCGACAUGUGACGCUCCUCGCAGCCCUCAUGAACUUUCAUUUUAUAUUUCUGUUUUAAUUUCUUUUUUUCUUCCCCAUAAAGACUCGAACAGAGCAGGACUCGUAAUCAAGCGCCGCGCAGUCGUCCUGUGGAUUUGCCAGGAAUUAUUCACCCAUUAUUCAUCCUCGUCCUUUAUUUGUCCAAAUCCUGGAAGAAGAAGAGGAAAAGAAAUCAGCGCUUUGACCUCCAGCAUUAACAGAAGAGAAGAGCUUUGGUUUAAGCAGCAGCAGCAACAGCUCGCUAUUCGGGAUUUUAUCACUUUUGAGGAUCGAGUUGGUUCACCUUCUUCACCUGAGUGAAACGGUAAAUGGCUCUGUGUGUCUCGUUGCGGUGUGGAACUGAAUUAUAACAUCUCUGUGUCGUUAAAGCGGUGUGGGGAAUCGACUGGACAGACUCUGCUGGUCGAGUCUUGGUCUUCGAGGCAGCCCCCUUAACUAUGGGAUUUCAGAACUACUGAGGGCACUUUCACAAAAGGAGGGAGAAGGGGCCGGCACCGGGAACAAAAGGAGAGGAUUGAGCUUUUGAAAAGAGGAUCAGUUCUUUCGGCCCCAGCGGGGUGCAUGCUGCCCCCUCAACUGGACGUCCUCUUUUGUACGAGCGAGGGAAAAUAAAAGCAGGCAUGCGCAAUAAACUCAGAGAGUUCCGGGAUGGGGGACGCCCCAUGCUGGGACAGUGGGACAGGACUCUUGUGGUGCUGCUGAUGGCUUUGGCGCUGACAGUAACGGACGUCCGGGCUUCCUGGGAUCAGAUGGAGGUUCUAGGAGAUGUAAAGUUGGAGGCGUCUAUGCACUCUGCCGUGCUUUCGGACAUCCGGGAGGCGGAAGCAGUGGUUGCGGCAGUGUCACAGCCUAGCGGAUUCCCAGACUCCUCUGCGGUGGUGGGCAGGGUGUUUCGAUUGCAGGUGCCCAUCAAAGCGAAGGACUCCGGGAGCAUAGUAAAGAUCACAGAAGCAAGCAAGGAUGUGCUCCCAGCGUGGUUGCAUUGGGAUGCAGAGAGCGGCACACUUCAAGGCCUUCCACUAGAGACGGACAAGGGCGUUCACUACAUAUCUGUUUCAGUUUCCAACGAGAGUAAAGUCUCCCAAAGCCCAGAUGUGUUCUCCAUUGAGGUGCACCCAGAGGAGCACGCUGAGACGGACCCUUUUCAGCUUGCAAUCCAGCAAUCAGCAAGCAACGAUGCCCAGCCUUUCAUCUGUGGCAAUGAGGAGCCUGUUACUGUGCUCACUGUCAUCCUUGACGCUGACCUCACAAAGAUGAGCUCGAAGCAGAGGGUGGAACUACUUGCCAAAAUGAAAAAGUUUUCUGGCAUGGGGCUCCAGCACAUGAAGAUUUUGCCUGUGGUCAACAACCGCUUGUUUGACAUGUCUGCUUUCAUGGCAGGACCAGGAAAUGCCAAGAAAGUGGUUGAAAACGGAGCUCUUUUGUCCUGGAAGCUCGGCUGCAGUCUGGAUCAAAGCAGCAUUCCUGACAUUAGCAGUGUUCAGGUUCCAGCAAAAGAGGGGACAAUGUCAGCGCAGUUGGGAUAUCCGGUUGUUGGAUGGCAUAUUGCUAAUAAAAAGCCCCAUGUGCCCAAAAGGGUGCGAAGGCAGCUCAACAACACCCCCACUCCCAUUCCCUCAUUACUCCCUCCUACAACUUACCCUGAGCCCCCGAUCCGCAUCGUUCCAACUCCAACCUCUCCAUCUAUUGCUCCUACCUCAGAGAGUUCUGCCCCACCUGUCCGUGGUCCCGUGCCCCUUCCUGUGAAACCCACCAUUCGAAACAGGGAUUCCGCGCCCUCCACUCCAACCUUAGGCCCCCCUCUGCCAACACGAGUAAUGGUCACCACCAGCACUAUCGCCAUCCAGCCAACAAUGACCAGGCCUGUGUAUGUUGGAGCCUCUGUUACCCCAGCAACACCUACCACCAGGAAACCUACAAAGAGACCUCCAAAGAAACCCAAGACAACGCCCAUACCAAGAGAACCCAAGACCACGACAACCAAGCCACCAAGGCGCAGCACUCCUGCAGUUAUAGGCGAUAGCAAUAUAAAACCUGAGCUGCGUAACCCAAUUGAUCAGGUGAAUGCCUAUGUUGGCACCUAUUUUGAGGUGAAGGUUCCAUCGGAUACAUUUUUUGACAAAGAGGAUGGAACUACCGAUAAGUUGAGGCUCACUUUGCGCAAGGGCAAUGAUGUGGUCGCGGAUGAUUCCUGGAUACAGUUUAAUAGCACAAGCCAGUUACUGUAUGGAUUACCUGACCAAGAGCAUGCAGGGAAACAUGAGUAUUUCAUGCAAGCAACUGAUAAAGGAGGUCUCUAUGCAAUGGAUGCCUUUGAGGUCCGUGUCAGCAUGUGGGGAAACAGUGUUAAGCCACCUGUAUUAUUUACUGCUGUGUUUGAUGGAGAUGCGCGUACGGUCACCAAUGACAUUCACAAGAAGAUCCUUCUCGUCAAGAAACUGUCCCAGUCUUUUGGUGAUCGCAACAGCAGCACCAUUACACUCAAGAGCAUCACCAAGGGUUCCAUCAUAGUGGAAUGGACCAACAACAGCCUUCAGCAAAGCCCCUGCCCAAAAGACCAAAUACAGCAAUUGAGCAAAAAAAUCUCCGAUCCAGAGGGCAAACCCUCGUCGAUUUUCAAAUUUACCAUGGAACCAGACUUCAGGCCCUCAAAUAUCACCGUCAGAGGCACAGCAAGCUGUCGUAACUACAUGUUUGUCCCGUUGGGUGAGAUCCCAGAUCCGACCCCCUCUCCUGGUACUCCCGCUGUGGGUGCGGGAAGACAGAGCACUGAUGAUGUGUAUCUUCACACUGUCAUACCAGCGGUGGUGGUUGCAGCCAUUUUGCUGAUAGCUGGAAUCAUCGCCAUGAUUUGCUACCGCAAGAAGCGCAAGGGCAAGCUAACAAUCGAAGACCAAGCAACUUUCAUCAAGAAAGGAGUGCCCAUCAUUUUUGCAGAUGAGCUCGAUGACUCUAAGCCUCCCCCAUCUUCCAGCAUGCCCCUUAUCCUUCAGGAGGAGAAGCCUCCGCUUCCUCCGCCGGAGUAUCCCAACAUGGCUACUCCAGAGACAACACCUCUGAACCAGGACCUUUUGGGAGAGUACACACCUCUACAUGAUGAGGAUCCCAAUGCCCCUCCCUAUCAGCCACCACCACCCUUCUCCACCCCUAUGGAGGGGAAAGGAUCCCGCCCCAAGAACAUGACCCCCUACAGAUCGCCACCCCCUUACGUGCCACCCUAAUGUUUGCCAAAACCUCCGGAGCAGGAGGAUGGGGAACUUUUUUUAGUUCCACACCAGUGUGUUGUUUCUUUGCAUUAUGGGAUUUUUAGAAGUGGGGAUGCUGCAAAACUGGGGUUUGGGGUUUGAAUGUAAUGGGAUGUUUUUUUGUUAAACAGGACUCUUAAGGAGAUUUUGGGAGGGCGGGGUAAGUGGAUAGUCUGCAAAGGACAGCAAGAACAACCUCAGCCUCUGACUACUCUGGUUAUUGCUAAACUGUUGGGGACAGGACUGUGCCCUCCAGUCGUGGCGCUUUUGUGUCUAGAUGGGCUUUUCGACUAAUUAUUGGUUUUGUUUGAAUCCAUUUCGUUUUCUGUUUUGUUUGACUUCUUUUCUGACUCCGAAUCAAAACUCCUUGCCUAACAGCACUCUUUCUAUCUUCUGAAUUCGUAAUCACGAAUAUUAUAAGCGGACAAUAAAGCUGACUGCAGGUGCAAAAGGUUUCAUACAGAAAUUCAAUAACACAAGGGGAAUAAAAGAAUGGCCUUGAGGGACUUGGACGGCGAAUGCGGAGAGUUUUGUGGGAUGUCGAUUCAUUAUGGUUUUGCCUUUUAACAUGAAAUUAAACUGUUUUUAUUGUUAAUCACUUGUCUAGUUAAAUCACUACAAAGAAGAGGUAGCCAAAUUGAUUUUUCGUUUGUUUAAUCCACUGUAUAUUUGAAAGUUUUGCUUAGAUCAUCUUUAAUUUUUAUCAUAUAUAUUUUUAUUACGUUCUUUUAAGUAUUACACUGAGAUAAACACUAUUUUCCUCCCCUCGAUUCUGGGCAAAAAAAAGCUAAAAUAAUAAUUAAAUCACUGAGUGAAGGUAUCACAGAGUGCGUUCUGACUUGAGAUUUGUGCUAUGUAGUUUGCUCGGCAGCAACUUUUGAAGGGGGUAAUCUCAUGAGUGAGUCCUCUAUGCAGAUUCUGCCUUCGACCUGACAGGCCCGGAGCCCAGUAUUGAUCUCACUUAAUCAUAUUUCCCAUAGGCUACGAGGAAAUCUUGUGAUUUAAUUGGAUGUACAGGUUGACGGGGUCUUUGCAUCUUUAAUUCUCUCGAAAGACGACAGUAAUGGUGUCGAGAACCCUCAAGUCAAAACUACCAAUGUACCAUUUCACCCAAGCUACUGACGGUCAUCCAGACAGAUUGCUCAAUCUCAAAGACUUGAUUUAAUCAGAACAAGCUCGGGUUUCGACGAUUUGUAGUUUCUUUAUUUUCGUUUUGUUUUUUUUUUUUUCUCUCGAAAAUAUCUAUCUAUCUAUAUAUAUAUUUCAGUGAUGAUUAUGGAGUAUAUGCCUUGGAUUCACUCAAAAUAACUCGUAAUAAAGACUGAAGAUUUUGAUAAUGGUGACCCAUCCCUCUACACAACGGCAUUGUUUAUUAAAUGUCAUGUCAUAUAUAUAUUUGCAGUUGAAUGCCAUAUUUUGCCUUGGUGGUUUCGCAGCAAGUGUCUUCUGUACAUAAUAAUCUGCCUGUGGAUAUAACUGUAUUUAUAGUCCAAACGUGUGUAAAUCAGAUAUCGUACAAAAAGAAAUAGAGAAAAAAAAAAUACUGUUUGUUUUAGAUGAGGGGUGAUUAUUUUUUAUAUAUAUAUAGUUAUGGCUAUAAAAAAAAUCUCUAAGCAAGACCUGCGAUUAAGAGGAGUGAAUAUAAAUGGUUUUAAUUUACAAAAUCGUUAGAAAACUAGAAAAAAAAAGCGAGCGAGAUUGAUAAAAUCACAAUCUAAUUUUAUACGGAAAUUUUUGAUACAGCCUCAAAUUGUUUAUGAAGAUCAAUAAAUCUAUAGUGUACUGCGAUUUGUAAACCUUCAGUCUUGGUAAUUGAUUCAUAUAGCUUUUCCUCAUGGGUCUUUUUCUUCGGUGGUUUACCUUUAAGUUUGCAUUCAACAGAAAUAGAGCAGACUGUGGUGUCGGGGAAAAAAUCAUUGCCCUUUUAUUUUCUUUCUGAUGUUUUAUGCUCAUUUGUUUUUUUUUGCGGUUUGAAUUCAGAAGUGACAUUUGCAAUAAUAAAGGUGUGGGAUAGUCACGGCUGGUCGGCGUGUGAGGAGUAGUGUGUGUAGGAAACCCCGAUGUCCGAGUUGUUUUUUUUUGCCAAGUAGAAGGUUAUGUAUGGAUGUAUUUUUGGCUCUAAUUAAAACUCGUUCUUUAAUGCUUCCAUUCAGCUUUAUUAUUAUUAUUAUUAUUAUUAUUAUUAUCUACUAGCAGAUUUAAAGGGAUGUCUCAUCCCCCGAAAAAGUAAAUUCACCGUUGAUUUAUCAUUCAAGACAUAUGUGACUUUAUUUUUCUUCUUCAGUGAACAUUAAAGUUGAGCUUACUUUA